GUGUACACUGCUGGCACCCCGAAUCCCUGUUGUGCAGCUAGGUGUACAUUUUUGCAGGUCCAACUAUUCUAAUUUUCCAGGAAAAUGCAGGAAGUAUCCUUCCAGAAUUCUUUUGUUUGAAGAUCACAAUUAAUUUUUACACGAUAUUAUAUAUAUAAACUGCAAUGUCUAAUAAUGUGCGUACUAGAAUAAAUCUGUUCCAGAUUCUUAACCAUGUAAUUGCACACAUUGCUCAUCGUCUUGAAAUGGUUCGAGUAAUGAUGCAGAAACUGCAAUGCAAUGUUUUCAUGCUUUCUUAUAGAGGAUACUUAUGUUUGUACAUUGUCUUGAAGUCCCACCCGCUUUCAACCCACCUCAUUUGUUAUGCUUGUCUAACUGCAUUGUUCUGCUUUGCCAUGCUCAGUUAUGGAGCUAGUGAUGGAUUUCCUUCACAACAUGGCAUUACAAAGGAUGCUCAGGCUGCAUUGGAUCAUCUGGUUCAGAGAACAGAUAUUGACACGUCCAAAAUUGUAGUGUAUGGAAGAUUUCUUGGGGGAGCUGUUGGGUCUAUGUUAACCAAAAACAAUCCAGACAAGGUGAGGUGAUGCCUCUGAGGCUUUGUUAGUUUCAAAAGAUGUCAGUAUUGGAGCAAUUUUUCUUUGCAUAUGCUGCUUGCUUUGUGUUAUUUGCCUCCUUGUGGGCGGUAUCCAUUAUUUAACAGGCCUAAAACCAUUAUUCUUCAUAGCUGAAUAGUGACACUGUUAAAGCUUUAUUGCAGUAUAACAUGUUGCACUGCCUAACAAAUUAAUGUAUUAUUGAAAUAUGACAUAAGACUUGCGGACUCUGAUUCAAAUUCAUAUAGUUAUCCGAAAAUUGAAGACUGUAAUGCCUUUGGGCUAAAGAACUUAUAAAAAUUUAUUUGAAAGUCCUUAAAAAGUGAAUAUUGUUUUGUGCUGAAAAUUAUCUCCAGAAGACCUUUUCGGGAGAAUGCUAGUGCUUAAUCAUUUGUUGAGUUUUUCAUUUUCUUGAUCUGCCCCUUCUAAUCCGAUAUUUGAAUGUUGUUUCAACUGAUGUAAUAUAUUUUGCCUUGGCCCUCGUUGGUGCAUAGACAAAUAUGCCAACUCAAUCACAGUAGCUUUACUUUCUCUAACAUUGCGGGUUGCUGCGCUAAUAUUGGAAAAUACUUUCACAUCUAUCUUGGACAUGGCUGGAGUUAUGUUACCAUUUCUGAAGUUAUUUAUUGGAAAAAAUACGGGUCCAAAAAUUCUGAAUUUUCUAGUCCGUUCCUCAUCGAACACCAUUGAUGUUAUUGGUGAGGUGAGGCAACAUAAUGAUGGAACUUCUUACAGUUUAAUUUCGUUGCUGCUCUUGAGAAAAUUAUGGCGCCAAUUAGCUUGCUUUUGCUUGAAGCUGAUAGACUUACCUUGCUAAUUUUUAAAUGAGCCCACUGCUCACCACAAGUUGCCUAAGAUAUGUGAAAUUGUUCCAAAUAACUAUUUUGAAUAUCUGUUGUUUCUUUCACGUCUCAGAAGUUGUAUUUUCUACUGUUUAGUCAGUGUGCAUGUUUAAAUCAUUUUUUUUCCUUUGUGUCUGCAACUUUGUAUUUCUCCUUUGUGUCUGCAACUUUGUCUUUCCUCAUUAAGUAUUCUGAAACAUCUAGUUGAGGCAUUAUUGAUUGAAUAUAAGGAUAAAAGUCGUCUGUUGACUAAACUGCUAGUGGGGGGCAUUUAAGGCCUUGAUAUUGUUCCUACUGGAAUUGUCCAGUUAUUUGAACUUUUAAUAUAAGAUCAUUAGACUGAUAUCUUGUAUGCAUUAAUAUAUUUUUAACUCUUUAAACCUAUUUAAGAUAAUGAACAAUGAGGAGAAGGUUUUGUGAUUUUGCUGCUACAGGCUUGUGUCUUUUUGUGGUGCACAAAUAUUUUAAAAGGAAAAGUCCGUUGAUAGCUUUCGAUAUAUGUGGGGUAAUGUAUGCUGCUUUACUGGCACCAUACAACAAUAGACUGAUGUAAUUGCGUGAAGAACAAUGAAUUGAAAUGAUAGCUAUAUUUUAUAACUAUUCUCUCCAUUUCUUGCUCUUGUUUUCGAUCCGGGGUUUUGGUAACACAAAUUCUUGCGA